UAAACAAUUUGUUUACUUUGUUUAAUUUCAUUAUUUUAUUAAUUCAAGUUUAUUUUCAUAUCAAUUCGAUUAGAUUUGGUUGAAUGGUGAAUAUUUGAUCAUCUCGAAAGAUUCGAUUGCUCUGUUACACCAAACGAUGAAGCGUUUGUUUGAUCAGUUCUAUUGACGAGAACAUAAUUUGCUCAUUUUCAUCCUUUUGUUGGUAAACUGUUGAAAUCGGUCUUUCUAAUCAUGUUACUUUGUUUUGAUCUUUAGUGUUGAAUAAUUGUUAUGGAUUUACACUAUUUAACUGAUGGUUGGCUAGAACUUGAAUCAGACCCUGGACUGUUUACCCUUUUAGCUGAGGACUUCGGAUGUAAAUAUGUUCAAGUGGAGGAAAUUUAUGAUUUACAAAAGCCGAAUCUUGUUGAUGGACCAGUUUAUGGAUUCAUUUUUCUAUUCAAAUGGAUAGAAGAACGACGGUCAAGGUCUCGUCAUCUCUCCUUACACAGUAGUUCCAAUUAUCCUUCCAGCAGUAGUGGUCCAUCUGCGGUCACUACUAAUUGUAACAUAUCUAAAGAAUCUACUGUCCACAAGCCUACAUUUGUCGAAGACGAAGUCCUGGUCAAUUCAAUGUUCUUUGCUCAUCAAAUUAUUCCAAAUUCAUGUGCAACUCAUGCUAUUCUUAGCGUCCUAUUAAACUGUCCCACUAUUGAUCUCGGACCAGUGUUGGACAGAUUAAAAGAUCACACCAAAGACAUGGCUCCUGAGGAUAAAGGAUACGCUAUCAGUAACACACCUGAGCUUUGUAAAGCUCACAAUUCACAUGCCUCUCAUGAGGAAAAAAUCGAAAGAAAAGUCUCUUAUUCAACAAGACCAAACUCUAUUCAAAGAGGUUCGUCUCCGGACUCUUUUCACUUUGUCAGCUAUGUACCAAUCAAUAAUCAUCUUUAUGAACUUGAUGGAUUGAAAAAGUUUCCAGUUGAUCAUGGACCUGUUGACGAAAAAGAGGAAUGGUCUGAAAAGUUUAGAAAAGUAAUUACCCAAAGGAUAUCUGAAGAAACUCAAUCUAAUCGUUUCUCCGAAAGUCAAUCAUCCAAUCACGAUAUUAGGUACAAUUUAAUGGCAGUUGUUCCCAAUCGCCGAUCAGUUCUUCUCAAAAAGUUAAAGACAUUAAAAACCAGUCGCCAUCUUGUUCUUGAAGCAUUAGAAAAGAUAAUGAGACCAACUCGACUACCUGAACCAUUCGACUGUCAUAACUACUCUAAAUAUCCUUCAACUAUUGAAUAUAAUGCAACUCACUCUUUUCAAAUAAUCGGACCCGAUAAUUCAUCUUCCGGUGAUCAAACAAAUAUCAUGACAGUUGCAAGCGCCUUAGCAAAUACACCAUUGUCAAUUCACAAUACAGGAUCACCAGGGAACUCAUCGUCCACUGAAACAGCAUCUGAAGUGGGAAGUGCUUUCAACUCACCUCAUCGCAUUGAAAGGGAUAAUAACAACGAGAUAGAUGAAAAUAAAGUAAACAAUUUAAUUGAUUUUAAAAUAACAAGUGACAUAAAAAUUGAUCAAAAAACGGCUAAACUACUUGAAGAAUUGAUCGCCUCUAGAGAAACACCAGCAUCUCUUUCAAAGACAAUUAAUCCACAAGAUUUAAUCACAGUGUAUAAAGUGAUCAGCACUGAAAUUGUUGAAUGUGAACAAAAUCUACGUGAAGAAUUGGAGAAAAGGAAACGAUACAAGUUAGAUGAUUCAAGAAGAAUACACAAUUACGAUGAAUUUAUCAACACCUUUUUACUUAUGUUGGCCGAGCAGAAGAAAUUACCUGAUCUUUUGGAAAAUGCUCUUUUCGGUGGUAACAUUGGUACUACAACAACUGAGAUUAAUGAAAACUCUCAGGGCGAUUGUCAAUCUCCAUCCGCUUUUCUCACCGAAGUUGCCACCUCAUUCGAUAAAAUUAAAAAGAAAACCGAUUCAACUCGACUCAAGAAUCCAACCAAAAAUAAGAAAAGUAAACCUUGUGAAUAUGUACCAUAUUGUCGUAAUCGACCCGAACGAACCAGAACCAGAAGGUAAUCGAACUCAUCAAUUUCAUCAUUCGAUUGUCAUACUUUUAUUUAUAUCUGACCUUUGACAAAAUUGUCAAACAAAAAAGUCUUCAAGUGAAUUAAAAUGUUCAUCAUUUCAACGAAAAAUAAAAUACACCUUUAUUUCAUUAUAAA